GCCAUACAGUAAGAAGAAGAUACGUCAUCAACAGUCGCCGCUCGCGCGCCUCUCUGAAACAGAAACGGAACAAAACGAACCUCUCGUGAACGGGGAGCAUAUUUACAACCACGACUGGAGAAACUGGUUUCUGAAAGUUGCCUUAAGACACCCUGUGACACACGGGCCUAAACGUCCGCUGUAAUUACAGUCCUGCACCAGCAGGCCUCCUCGACUGGUGACACUAACAACAAACGGCGAACUUAUCGCUAGCAAAGGAAGAGGCUAACCACAGUAGACCUUCUUGGCGCACGCUAACGUACAGCUUGGUGCAAGUUAUACUUUGUAACAAGAUGGACUGCAGCGCAGCUGAUGUGGCGCACGAUUCUCCAGGAAACAACGGCUCCGGCUCUGAUGAUGAUGUGCCGCUCUCGAAGCUCGUGAAUAAGCCACGCAGGGAGGUGAAACAGUCACGUGGAAACAAGCACAGAUCCAGUUCUAAUCCAGCAAAGGACAAAAGUGCUUCCGAUGACUCUUCAGAUGACAAACCUUUGAUAAAAAAGAAAAUCGUCUCUUCUGCACCAGCUAAAAAAAACAAGAGAAAAGGCAAUAAGUCAAUCAGAUCUAAUGGCACAAAUGACAAGAAAGAAGAUUCAAACUCAGAUGAUGGCUCCGACAAUGAGCCGCUUAAAAAAAUCCCCCAAAAGUCAUCUAAAGCUGCAAAUAAGUCUAUCUCAGAGUCUUCCAAAAAAGCUGUCACUUCAAAGAAGAAAGAAUCGCUGGACGAUGAUAAAAGCUCAGGGGAUGAGCAUUCGAUUGAACCCCGCAAAAAAAGUUACCCGAAGAGAAAGGCCUCUUGUACUCCGCCUAGGAAACUGGCGGCAGUAGUGAAAUCCAAAAGGAACUUAGGGAGGGAAAAGGUUAAAUAUGCAGAGUCUUCAACUGACGGCUCGGACGAUGAACCGCUGUCAACCUUGAUAAAGAAGAAGGCGCAGGCCCCUAAAGGGCAAACAACUUCACCCAACGGCAAGAAAACCAAACCCACAAACAAAUCCCCCAAAGACAGCAGCUCAGACAACGAUGAUGAGAGCGGCGACGACCUGCUGGUUUCCAAGAAGGAACAAGAGAAGAAAAGCGCAAAGAAGGCCACUGCGUCGCCAGGCAGAGCGUCGAGAAAGAGACACGGAGUCUCAGAUGACGGUUCAGAUUCUGAACCGCUGAUUAAUUUAGUGAAGAAGAAAUGCACAGAAACGCAAAAAAAAACAAAGGCUUCCCCGCCGAAGAAAAAGACAACUACCAAAAAGCCCAAAAAGACGCCUGAGUCGGAACCCUCAGAUGACGGUUCAGAUUACGAACCACUAAUUAAUAUCGUGAAAAAGAAACGCACAGACAAACAAACACAAAGAAAAGUGAAGGCUUCACCUGAGAAGAAAAACACAACGCUCAAAAAACCUAGAAAGACCCCCGAGUCGGAGUUGUCAAGCAUCAGUUCAGAUGAUGAACCCUUAAGCAAAGCAGUCGAGCACCCUCAAGUGACCAAAACCCUGAACAUUGUGCUGGAGAGGUGUGAUGACGAAGCUGGGGAUGCAGGGAGCCUGAAAAAAACCAGACAAGAAACACAGAUUGAUGAGAAGGAGUCUGAGGAAUCACCAGAAGAAGAAUAGGUACCAACCUUUGAGCUGGAUGGAAGGUUCAAAGCAUAGAGUGGCUACAAGUGUAAUGAACUGAAGUAUAAGUUAUUGGAGAUGGACCUUUUUAAAAGGAAAAAAAAAGAAUCACAACUAGUUUUCAUGUUGAGUGUCUUUUAUAACUGUACAGUGCAUACGUGUGUACGGUGGGGGAAUUUUUACUCCUGUUUAAGUUUGGGACCAGUUUUAGUAGUUUCCCAAAAGAUUUUACAGUCUUUUAUUUCCAAAUUUGUAAAUAUUGUUCGCAUUGUCCUUCUCCUUUGGGUUUAAUGUUUUUAGAAAAGAUGUAAUGCUCAUUGGUAUUAAGUUAUACUCUGCUUUCAUAAUAACUUCUCUCAGCAUGCCACAGGGAAAAUCUCCUCGUUGGAUUAAACUGCUUUCACUGUGACUUUC